AUGGAAGCCCCGACAGCAGAUGGGCCGGACCCGUCGGGAAGAUGGGCGUGUGAAUUCUGUCCAGAGAGCUUUGCUCGAAAAGAGCAUCUUCAACGACAUGAAUUCAGCCAUCUCGGAUUGAAGCCGUUUCGAUGCGACGUGUGUUCUCGCAUGUUUUCUAGAAGGGAUACUCUGAGGAAACAUCAAGCCACUCAUUCGAGAGAAAGUGAUGGUGAAGAACCACCUUGCACCCGCAAUCGUCGGCGGUCCCAAAAAGCAUGCCUGAAUUGUGCCAAGGCAAAGCAACGCUGCAAUGGCAAGUCGCCGUGUCGUAGAUGUGUUAAGCGAAACAUACAAUGUGCAUUUCCAAAAGCAAUCUCUACACUGGAGGAUCCUCCACUAUUAGAGACGCCGGAGUUUAUUCAUUCUACGCUCCUCCUGGAUGACAAUCCUACACUCAUCUCAAGUGGCAGUGGCGAUCAUGCCACCUUCGACGAACAUCAUGUACGAUCAUUCGAAGACUUGGCAGCUACUACGAGAUCUGACGAGCAACAUCGAGAAGAUCUCAGCAUGUACCUUGCCGGUCACCCCGGUGAGAACGCUAUCCAUCCACAUGUGUUAUCACUACCUAGCCAAGGGUUAGGCGACGCCAUGGCAGUGGACAUGAGCAUAAGUCUACCGUCAGGAGGAUCAGUCACUUCAAUCUCCACCCGGGAAGAUAACGAUGAACUUCCCUCGUCGCAAAGUGAUUUCUCCAUGCCAGAAGAGCCUCAUGCUCAUCGUUUCUGCUGCACUCUGUUUCCAGAGACUCGGCCAGAUGAAGACGUAAUUGCAGCUGAGAAUUGUGGGCAUGUUAGACCCAUAGCAGACAAUCUAUAUCGACAGAUCUGUGAUUUCUGGAAGAGCCAGCAAUGUUCCUCGUGUGCAUCACCUUUCAUCAGCCUUUCCUUCUUGAACGCGAUGGUCCAGCUCUACUUCGAGCACCAUGACCCCUGGAUGUCUUUCAUUCAUCCGUCAUCUUUCGACACAGAAGACGCCUCAUGGGUUCUUAUAUUAGCGGUGGCAUCUAUCGGGUGCCAAUACUCUAAUGUGGAGCGUUCGGAGCUUUAUGUUUUAGGUCUACAGGACCUUCUACAGAAGGCGCUUCCGAAGGAUGCCACGGAAACUAUUGCCCUUGACCAGAUGACACUUGCACAGUGUCUUCUUCUACGCAAUACAGCUCUCCUGUUCAGCGGUUACGAAGAUGAGAUUCUUACGUCUCAGUACCAGAGGAACAUGCUCACUUCAGUGGCUAAAUCAGUUUCUGCCAACGUUGCUGAAAGUAUACCUUCUCUAGAUGAUUUGGACCCAUAUGAAAGGUGGCGUCGCUGGGUGGGGUUAGAGUCUCAGAGAAGAGUUGUCUACUGCAUUUACGUGAUCGAAUGCUGCUAUUGGAUAUUCAAAGAUGCCCCUUCAUCAAUGACUCUCGACGAUUUCAAGAUAGCUCUUCCAUGCCGAGACAAGUUAUGGACAUCCAAUUUCGAACAAUGGCAGGAAUGUCUACCAACAAGACCAGAAUCAAAAGACAGGCCGAGUCUGAAAACCGCAUUUUCUAACCCAGACUUACUCGACAACCUCCUCAACGACAACUCCGGCCUCAGCAACCUAGUAAUACUUCUAACAUUCAACGUCGAAGAAAGGCGCCUCUUACGAUCCACCCAGCCAUGGUUCGCAGCCGACAUGGCCACAGGCCUCAACGAGCGGAAGCUAUAUAAAUGGCCGGACGAACUAGUAUCCUUCCGAACAGCUCUAGACGAUAAAUGCGACCCUACAAUCAAACGUUUCUCUAUGCUCACACCCAUAGUAAACAAUGCACCUACCUUCCUGAAAGUGAUGUUCCACGUCACCAACAUACUCCGACGCACACCACUACGCUGUCUAUACGCCUUGAGCGGAUGGCAAGUCACAGUGGACCAGAUGACCGCCGCUGCUACAUCCCUAUCACACUGGAUGCAGCAGAAUCCGACACUAGCCCGAGAAGCCCUUCUACAGGCGACUACGUUAUUUGGAGUUCUCUAUGACGAGACCACAGGACCAGGGAGUCACCACUUGGCCUUUCUCACCGCGGGUCUCUAUAUCUGGGCGUAUUGUAUCGUGGGCGGAGAAGACAGCGCUACAGGAGCGAACGGAACACGGAAAAUCAGUCAACGCCCGCUGAGACCUGAUAAAGGUGUCCCAGAUGAUGUGAAAAACUCCUGGAUCCAAAGCACCCUUGAAGCUCCUGUAUAUGUCAAAGGAGUGGGUAUUUUGAACGGCCCGGAGAGUGCGAUUCGUGUUCUUAAGGGCUUUAGACUCGCCUUGUCGAGCCAUAGGUCUUGGCCUUCGCUUCGGCAUGGGUUGAUAUACUCUAUUUCGGAGGUCAUAGAUGGUAGGUUUGCGUCGCUUAGCCCGGAGUUGAAGUCUAGUGGGUGGAGGAAGAACGUGGAUAGAGAAACUCGAGCAUAG